UAAAUGUAUCUAUGUGUGUAAUAGUAAAAGAUUAAAUACUUAUUGCGCAAAUUUUAAACUGUAAAAUGUAAAAGUUCUCAAAAUGAAAAUAAAACGGAAAACUUCACUAGAUGAUGUGUCUGGAAAACCUUGUUGCAAACGUCUUUCGGUGUUUGCGUGUGUCUGUGCAUCGAUAUCUCUGUUAGUCCAUACCUACAACUAUGUAGGGAGUGGAGACAUAAAGCACACUUUCGAUGAAGAGGCUAGAAAUGUGAUGAGAAACGUGCUAGAUGAUAAACUACAAGAAAGAAUCGAAGCUUACAUGUCGGAACUCACCGGGACAAGCUCCCAUAGACUCAAGAGAGAAGCUAUGUUGAAACAAUCUGAAGUAGAAGAAGACAAUACGUUAGCUCCUCACGUGGAAUUCUUUAGCCCCAAAAUGCGGGCGGAACUGGAAGAAAAAGACGCUGCGGAGAUGAGGAGAACUGGUGCCAAGGGACCGGCCCCUGGUGACGAUACGUGGGUCUGGAUGACUAGUUACUCUAGGGUUCCAUACAAAGUAGUUGAAGGUUUCUGCAUGGCUACCUAUGACUACUGCCCGCCUGGUGUGCAAGGACCCAAAGGGCCAACUGGUAUGCCUGGACCUAAAGGGGACAGAGGCGACCCGGGGGCCCCAGGGACCCCAGGGCAUACAGGAAACAGAGGACCGGUUGGACCACCUGGACCUAAAGGAGAGCGUGGGUUUCCAGGCAAUCCUGGUUUAGAUGGCAGAGAUGGGGUCCCAGGAGAGCCUGGUUUAGAUGGCAUGUCGGGGAGGAACGGUGCUGACGGCGCUCCCGGGAAAGAUGGCAGAGACGGGAUUCCAGGAAAAGACGGCAGCCCGGGUAAAAAUGGGAAAGACGGAAAAGAUGGAUGGGCUGGUGCUCCAGGGCCACCAGGCUUGAGGGGUCCAAAAGGAGACCGAGGCCCAAUGGGUCCUAAAGGCCAGCGUGGUAACGACGGGAGAGACGGUGCUCCUGGAAGACCUGGUCUUUCAAUGUACAACUACACCAAAGAAAAAGAGCUUUUCAUUCCACCUACUUUUGCGCAGGAUCACACCAGGGUCAUCGUUAGAGAAGGUGAUACUCUUCGCAUUAGCUGUAACCCUGUGGGCCGGCCGGAACCCAGCGUGGAGUGGAGGCGAGCUGACGGCACCGCUGUUAUUCAGGGUUCUUGGCGAGACGCUUCGGUUAGCGGGCACAUGCUAAACAUACCGAAUGUCUCCCGUUGGCACACGGGGAAGUAUGUAUGCCUGGCCAACAAUGGUAUGCUUCCUCCCGCCAACCAAACCACUGAUGUAGAAGUGCAUUUCAGUCCUUACAUCCGAGUUCCGAAUAACAUCGUCUAUGUACAAAACAAAUCAGCGAAAUUUGAGUGUGAGAUCCAAGCUUGGCCGGAACCGGUACUAGCUUGGGAGUGCGACGGGACCACUUUAGAAGGAUCCCGGUACAAGACCGAGGUCUCCACAACCGCGGACCCUUGGCGCUGGAUCAUGAGGCUCGAAUUCCAUGGCGUCAGGGAACAUGACCUUCGGCGGUACAGCUGUGUGGCCAAGAAUGAGCUGAACAAUCAGACCGUCAAGGGUGACAUCAAACUCUCUUUCCUGGGUCCAAACCAGCCGAUGCCAGUCCAGCAGCCCAUGGAAUUUGGCUCUCGACCCCCCACCCUGACCUCCUACGAGGAGCUGUGUCAGAUACAGCGGUGCCCCUCGUGUCCGAGAUGUGACCGAGCCCAGCUCCUCAUCUUGAGUAUGAAUGCUACUACUGGAUACAAGCCGAGGAGAAAUACGAAUUGUCAACUCUACGCAAUCGGCAAACCCGUGUACCAUCGCUACAAAGAUGAGCUCUUCGGAGCUUGGCUCAGAGACUCAAAUGCAUCGGACGCACAGAAGGAAAAACUAUGGACCACGCAAGAAAACGAUGUAGAACGACUAAGGGAAUACAGGGGCAAGGUCAGCUUCAAGGCCGACCACGUGGAUGAGUUCCAUAAGUUACAGAAGCCAUUCUUUGGCAACGGCCACAUAGUAUACAGCGGGUCAUUCUUCUACCAGGCCAACGAAUCAGGCCACCCGGGCGACAUCAUCAGGUACGAUCUGACUCAGAGCCGGAUCAAGUCGGUGCACUUGCCGCACGCAGCAGGAAGGCUGUAUGCUGCUCAGCAUAACCAGGUAGACUUCAGCGCUGAUGACAACGGCCUUUGGGCUAUUUAUUCAAUGGAAGGUUCUAACAACACCGCGGUGGCCAAGCUGAGUUUUGAUCCCAACAAAGAUGGACUGAAUAUAGAUUACAUCUGGAACAUUUCACUAAACCACAAACAAGUAGGAGAAAUGUUCAUAGUCUGCGGAGUGCUGUACGCCCUGGACUCAGCCACGGAGCGGGAGAGCAAAGUGACGGUUGCCAUAGACCUUUACCUGAAGAAACCCGUGGAAGUCUCCCUGCAGUUCACCAACCCGUUCAGAAAGACCACACAGCUGGGUUACGACCAUAUGCAUAAAGAACUGUACUCCUGGGACCGGGGUAACCAAUUGACGUAUCCAGUCCGCUACAAUGAACUCCCAGGGCCCUGAUAUUUUCAUAUUAUUAGACAAAUAUUUUCUAUUUUGUAAAAAAAAAAAGAUAUAACUUCACCA